CCCACUAAAACUAAUAUUUUCUUUUUUAUUUACUUACCUAUGUUAAUAUAAACAGAUUGUAUUUCACAGUAAACUUCCUAACAAUAGAGAUAUGAACGAAAAUGCAUAAAAACCAAUAGUAAUAGUAAUAAUAAUAACGGUAAUAACAAUCUGAGUGAAAGUGCGACAACUCUUUCGCAGAAAUGUCUCUUCGACUACUUUUUGCGCUGACAAUUGUCUUUGUAAGCAUAAUUUCCGUUGAAAUUGUGCAAGGUCAAAGAGAUCCACCCGCCGAGAGCGUUGAGUCCUUUAAAACUGACGAGAGCGUUGAGUCCUUUAAAACUGACGAGAGCGUUGAGUCCUUUAAAACUGAAGAUAUGAAAGACCGCAUACUGAAGUUCAUUGAGUUCAUUGCUGAGAUAAUAAAGAUGUUUGCCAAUGGCAACCACUGAUCAGUGUAUGAACAUUGCCUCAAUAUGAAAAAGACUUUCCGGUCUCUUUAAUGAAGUUUGGAACACUAAAGUUUUAGUAAAGUAAAAUAAGUA